UAGCACAGCGGCGGUCGCCAGUACCUAGGCGCCCUCCGGCCCACCAACUAGCCGGGCCCGCGGCGUCCGCAUCAGCACCGCGGACAGUGCCCCGGGCCCCGUCUCGUCGCGGUUAGCCCACCCGCUCCCCGAGUCAGCACCGCGGACAGCCCCCCUUCUCCGGCCUCGCAGCAGGCUCGGAGCGGUCGGCGCCCCUGGAACAUGGCCACUGAGGUCCAUAAUCUGCAGGAGCUGCGGCGAAGUGCCUCAUUGGCCACCAAGGUCUUUAUCCAGAGAGACUACAGUGAUGGGACCAUCUGUCAGUUCCAGACCAAAUUCCCCCCGGAGCUGGACAGCCGGAUUGAGCGGCAGCUCUUUGAGGAGACCGUGAAGACCCUCAACAGCUUCUACGCGGAGGCGGAGAAGAUCGGGGGCAGCUCCUACCUUGAGGGCUGCCUGGCCUGUGCCACGGCCUACUUCAUCUUCCUCUGCAUGGAGACCCACUACGAGAAGGUUCUCAAGAAGAUCUCCCGCUACAUCCAGGAGCAGAACGAGAAGAUCUUUGCCCCCCGAGGCCUCCUGCUCACUGACCCCGUGGAGCGCGGGAUGCGGGUCGUAUCCUUCCUGGCUGUCCUGUGCAAGGGCCCAGAGCUGCCAACUGGUGGGUUCCUUGGUGAAGACACCCAGAAAUAGGGACCACCCUAGGGGCCUCUGCUCAGGGAUUUUCCCAGGAUUCCCCACAUCACUGGUCGUCAGCUCUCCUCCCCCACUAUAAGUUAUCAAUGCCUUUUGUGAAUUUCAGGGUUUGCUUUUACUGGGCUGCAUUUCUUCAGCGCUUAAUACAUGCCAGGUAUCAUAUUAACUGCUUUGAAACGAUGUAAUUCUCGUACUACCCCUACAAGGUGGGUAACUCUUAUUCUUCCCUCUGCCCACGAGCCCACUGAAGUUAAAUCACUGGCCCAGGGUCACCCGGCCGGUGAACGUCAGAGCCAGGAUUUGAGCCC